AUGCAUCUCUUGGAUCAAGACUCUAUUAACACAAUCUUGUGUUUAACUAUUGGCAAUGUGAGCAAUCCUGAUCAUAUUGUGUGGCCAUGGUGUGCAAAUGGGCUUUACUCAGCUAAAUUUGGAUACCAUCUUAUCCAUGCCCUGAGAAAUGUCUCCCUGAGUAAUGGAGGUCAGUCCUCUCAUUGCGUAAACCCGCUAGUCUGGAAAGAGAUUUGGAAGAUUCACACCUUGCCAAAAAUCAAACUCUUUUGCUGGAGAAUUAUCUCCAAGGCUCUUUCUACUAGAUUGAAUCUUUGCAAGCAGAAAAUGAAUGUGAAUCCUAUUUGUCCGCUGUGCGAAGACCAGGUUGAAUCAAAAGAACACAUGUUCUUUCUCUGUCCCUGGGUCAAAAUGGUUUGGUUUUGUUCAACCUUCAACUACCGGGUCAAUCCCCAAAGCUUUACUACCUUUGAUCAAUGGUUUGAAAGUCUAAUUCAAAUGAAGUUUCCUUCUUCUCUUGAUAAACGUAAAUUCUUAACCAACAUCAGCUUCCUCAUGUGGUCUAUAUGGAAAGCACGUUGUCAGUUUAUCUUUGAUGGCUGCAAACCUGAGCCUAUUCGAGUCCUUCAGAUGGCUAACUCAGCGAAUAGAGACUUCCUUGAGGCAUGUCUUCCCUUGAACUCUAUUGGAAUAACUAAAAGGGAGGUCCUCCCUACUCAGUCCCAUUGGACUCCACAUAGUCUUGGCUGGACUAAAGUUAACUCUGACGGUGCAUGGAAGUCAAACAAAGCUGCAGGGCUGAGGGUGAUUAUAAGAAACUCUGAGGGUGCUUUCUGUGGAGGUUUAGCAGAGGGUAAGAUGUGUCAGUCUGCCCUUGCGGCUGAAGCUGACACUGUUCUCUAUGGCCUAAAUCUGGCUCUGUCUUUGCGUCAUCACAAGGUCAUGAUGGAAACUAAUUCUCUAGUUGUGAAGUCUGGGAUCUCUGGGAACUAUGGUAAUCGAGCUUGGUCUAUCCUCCCGAUUCUCUUAGAAAUCCGAAGAACAGAAGGCCUUUUUGAUUCUGUCAAGUGGUGUUGGAUCCUUCGAUACAAAAUCGUGCUGCUCAUAUGGGGGCAUCGAUUGGAAUUGGAGCAGUGCAUAGGGAAACCUGGCUUAACCAGCCACCACCGUCCCUCGUUCAUGUUUUAA